GUCUCCAAAAAGUUGCCAACUAAUUUGUGGGUUUAGCAACCCCAACAGCAACCACAACAUUACAAAAUGCACAUGUAACACCUACAACAGCAACAACAUCAAAGAACGUGCAGAAAUUAUUAAAAAUGUUGGACAAUAUUGUAACAGAGAAUUGCAUGGCUGCAAUGCCAAUAGAAAUUUUGGCAGAUGCUAAAGUCAGCAACAACCACAACAAAAAACACUGUGAAGAUAAAACGCAAACAACAACAAUAACAACAAAUACCAUUGAACAGUGUGCUACUGCUGCUGCACCUGUAAUAAAGACUAAUAAAACAAAAACAAUUUUAAAUUGGUUGAAAAAUACCACCUCAAACAAUUCACAUUCGACAUUAAAUAAAAACAAUAAUAGCAAUAAUAAUAACAACAACCAUAUUAAUAGUAUUAAAACAAAUAGUGUAGUAAGUGAUAAUAACCAAACAAAUGCAUGCAAUCAUAAUCGAUCGAAUGAUAAGAUAAUACGACAGCAACAAACUCAAAUUAGUACGGACACAAAUUGUACGUGCCCAACACUAAAACAACAAAAUAACACGAGUUCUCAGAAAGCAACAACAACAACACCAACAAAAUCUCUGGGCCACAAAAACGACGACGAUACAUUACGAGAAUUUCGAGGCGUACAAACAUUAAAGCAUUUCUGGAAUAAACGUAUCACUGCCAAUAGGGAAUCUGCCUUAAAAGCCAAAAGCUCUAAACAGCAACAAUUUACCAAAUCGGUGGGUUGUCUGGUGAAUGCCAUCAACAGCACCGGAGAACCACCACCACCAACGUCAACAACUUCAUGCUCCUCGCCCCCUCCACUUAGCGAAAAAGAACUUUUGAAAGCACGCAAAUUAAGAGCUUUAAGUUUGCAUGACUGUUCCAGAGAUUCGCCAGAAUUCGAUGAAAUUUCUUUAUCAGACAUCGACAUACAAAAACAUUUGGAAAAAGAUAACUUUUACAAAUACAAAACAGCAGAGCAGGCCUCUAAAUUAAGGGAACUAAGUGAGCAUUCCACUCAAAAGAAGUUAAGUAAUGGUAUUAUAUUGGCCGGUGGCCAAAAACCUGAACGUUUCGAUUGGUUAAAACGUCACGAUAAAUUCUCACGCAAAAAGUCUGUAGAACUCACUCCAGCCACAGCUUUAAUUAACAAUACAAUUAAAAGUGAUAACAGCAAUCAGCUUAUCGCGGACACUUCCGCUACAAUUAACAACGACAUCAUUAUUAACGAACACAAAAUGCAAACACAACAGCAGCACCAACACAAACCAAAAGAUAGACCUGUCUCUCUGCCAACGGCAAUUGGCCAAAAUAUGACUGAAGUUGGCAAUGCCAACCACAGCAGUGAAACGUCAACACCAACACUUACUACGGCUGCAAAUUCACCACAACAUGCAAUCAGUCGUCGUAGAGCAACAACAAGAAAAGAUUCACCAAAAACUUUAGUCAGCGCUAGUAGCAUUAGUAGAGAAUCUUCAACAACAUCGCUUGCGGCCAGCGCUAAUAGCCAUAAAACAGUUGUGAAAAGAAAUUCUUCCGCUCGCAAAUACAGUUUCAAAACUCACACGCGUUCUUAUCAUGUGCCACGCAAAAUGCACACCAACAGAGAAGCUGCUAGCGGUGCCACCGGCAUGGCUGUUAAUCCCCCCAACAGUUUGGUAGCAAAAUUAACUCAACAGUUCAAUGAAAUUAUACAAAAAGAUAAGACACUGCUGGAGGAGAUUAAACGUAAGAAUGGAGUGCUCAUGACUCACAAAGGUCAUGUCUACAAAGUGGUUGACACCUGCUCUUUGAAUCGCAAUCAGUCUCCCACUGUUAGUCGGGCCAGUUCAAGGGCACAGGAUGGAAAUGGUACGCAAGCAAUGCGUUCCACUGGCACAUCGACAGUUCAGAAAAAUAUCAAGAAAUUUGAAAGUGAAUCGAGGGGUCUGAAGCCCAAAGUACCGCUGAAAAGUAUUCAAGUGUUAAGAAAGAGCAAUGAACUGGUCAUAAAUAAAACAAUAGUUACAUCACGUUUAAAUUCAAAUAGGCUGAACAAUGAAUCCGAAACUAAAACAGAAAUAAAACCUCAAACAUUAGCCUUACCCUCAACUUUGGAAAUGGUACAGGAAGAAGCCAAAACUCCGGUGGAAAACAAGGAGUUACAAAACGAGGUUAAUAAUUUUAAGAAUGAGAAAAAUGAAACAACUAAAUCCCCUAAAGAAAGCGGUGCUAACAAAGAGAAUACAAAUCCAACUACAGUUGCAGAAACCUCUAAGGAUAAUGAGUUAAUAAGAAAACUCUGUUCGGAGGAACCCUCUAAUCAAGAUGAGUUUUUAACUCUUCGGCCUUCAAAAAUAGAAAGUGUCAUAUAUAAAAGUAUCCAUAAAAAUAAGCAAAAGAAGAAUACAGAAACACCAAAAAUAAAUGAAACCCCCAAAGACCUUAAAGAUAACACGAUACCAUUAAAUGAGGAAAAGUCCCCAAUAAAACAUCUAAGUGAGGAAAAUUUCACAAAGGCAAAUGAUGAUAAGGAAACAAAGAUAAGCUGCUACUCUGCAGAACAAGAAACCAAAACCUCAGUUAUUGAAAACACUGCAAAUAUUCAAAAGGAGAGUGAUGAAACUAUUCCCAACAAUGGAACAGAUAAACCAACCAAAUCGUCAUUAAAUGAGUCAGCUACUUCAUCAAAUGAGGAAACUCAGAUCACAGAAAAUGAUACCAAAAUAUUGGAAACAGCUAGCGAAGUACCCACUUUCCCAGAACCUCUAGAGGAUGAGGAUAAGGGGAAACGUAAACAUAAAUAUGCCAAAAUCUAUGAAAAAUUAAGAUUCUUAACACCUUUCUCGCAUAGCAAUAAAAAACAAAAAACAAGCGCAUCUAGUCUAAGCACCACAGACGUGUCCAAAAUAGAGGACACACCAGCUCUAACCAUUAACACCGAGUUAGCAAAAGACUAUUAUACCAAUUCUGUUAUAUGUUCAAACCCCAAGCGUUUGAACAGUGGAGAAUAUACUCCCAUGAGUUCUUCCACACCCAAACCAGAUUUUGAACCUUCCGAUGAUGUGUAUUCUAUAAUGUUCAAUCCCGAAGCCAAACUAUUGGAUGCCUUAGAACAAGUAGAUAAAAGGCUACAAAAUUUGUGCCAGGACAAUGAAACGUUAUUGGAAUCGGAUGAAUAUGGACAACCUUUGCAACCCAACUCAUCAUUUCUACAUCAAACCUAUGCCAAAGAGAUUGCAACGAAACCAUCCACAGUAAUACAGGCGGUUAAUGUGACCCUAGUCAAUGCCAUAGAGGGAGAGCAAAUGAUAAUGGAACAGAAAGAAAUACAACAGCAACAACAACAACAACACGAAAAGGAAUUGCAGCAAUAUGAAAAUAAUAAAACAAAUAGCAAACCUCUGCCACCCUUACCACCUCCCAAGAAAACCGAAGAGGAACCCUUGUAUGAACCGAUAUGUGUGGACAAAACAAUUGAGCUUAAGACUGAACAAUCAUACAAAAACUGUGAACUCAACACAUCUCAACAAGAAACUAUUACUUCCAACAACUCACCACCACCACCAGUCAUAGAAGAGGAUAUUUAUCAAACUGUAGAAGAAGCUAAAAACGAUUACGAUCAAUUUGACUCCAUUCAAACGACAGAAAUUGUAAUAAAUUCCAUACCAGAAUUAGAUGGUUAUGAACCCAUUGAAAAUCCUGAAAAUUUAACACUAACUCCCAAAAGCGUUACAGCUAAUUCGCCUAAGCCAACAAAUUUCGAUGGUUAUGAGGAAUAUACUCCACAAGUGACGAUGACAACAACAACAGCAAACACUACAGGUGCACGUAAAGUUACAGAUGAACUACCAGAUUUACCAAAACCCAAAAGAAUUCUACCAAAAUCACCCAUACCCAAUAGAUCAGCACCUAAACCUCCAUUACCCAGACUGCAAAAUACCGAAGAAGAAGAAUCUCUUACAUCCACCUGUCAUGAAUCCCAUUAUUACGGAGGCGAGGAAAAUAUUUACGACACAAUUAAAGGCAACCACUGCUACGAGUCGUUGCAAUGUGUGGGCAAUAAAUUACAUAACUCUCCUUCAUCAUUAAGAACUAUACAUUCCGAUAGUCUGUCAUUAUCAUCGAAUUGCUACGAAAGUAUUUCACAUUUUAAACGUGUCAACACUAUCGGCCAUCAUAGUGGUGGCAGCAGUAGUGGUUCCACACUGACCAUUUCAUCGGAGAAUAAAACAAAUAGUCUCUACGAGGACUCAUUAGCUUCUAGUCUGCACUAUGCAAGUAAACGUAUCUAUCACAUGAAUGCCCAUAUUGAAAUAAACAAAUCGGCGUCAGAUGUGAAUAGUGUAAAUGGCUAUGGCGGUUCAAUAGGUCGCGCAACAGAUACAAGUGACGAGUGGACCGAUGUUACAGACAAUGAGAAUGCUGAUGCAGAGAGUAAACCGCAAUUUAUCAUUGUGCGUGAACGUUCAAAGGCCCAUAAAAGUCCGGAUUGGUCCAGAAGAGUUCGAGAUAAACGUCAAAGAAAAUCAAAAAGUUGCAUAGAAGAUGAUGAUCCCGAUCAUUAUUACGAACAACUUUCACCCCUAGCCCACACCAAACGACACUCAUUGCUCGAGCAGUCUCGUACGAGUAGUUUACAAAGAAAUCAAGACUCGGUACGUGUGUCCAAGCGUGGAAAAAAGAUGUCAUAUUCAGCACAUGCACUGGGGCAACACAUAUCAGACGAUUCAUUCGAUUCCGAUACCGAUUACUAUGAGGAUGGUGAGCACUUCAAGAAUUCCCAUAAUGAUAGUGGUGUAGACAUAAGAACCACUAAAUUGCCAGAUCCUCCAUCAUCGUCUAAUCAAAUGUAUUCAUUUGUUAAGAAGUUUAAGAAUUUCAUAGUGAAUAAGAAAUCUCCAAAUAGUUCUAAACAUGGCGGUAGUCAGCAGAAAAUCUAUGAUAGUUCAUCGCAAUUCUAUGCAGGUUCAACAUAUGAGGGGAAACAACCACAGCCAUCGUCUUCAUUGCAAGUACCAGAAACCAAAGAGUUAAGUACUUCAGAGAAAAAUUUAAUAUUGGCACAAAGUACAGUGUCCAAACCAGAACCCAUAAAUGCUUCUACCACACCGAGAAAAUCCAAAACUGGUAAAAGUUUAAAGUCACGUAUACGUAAAAGUUUGGUAGGUUUUGACAAUAAACAAUUGUCAACACUAACGCCAACAAGAAGUACCUUCUACAUUGAGGAUCCGGCAAAUGAAGAAAAUAAUGGACAGUUGGAUUCUGGAUUUUCAGAAAAAGCCUUAUCUGGCGAACUGCCUACCACCACGUCUACACCUUCAGCAGAGUCACAGAAGUUGUCAACUCUGGCUCGCAAAUCAAAAAAGGAAUCCAAACUGGCAAAUUCACAAAGAAGACGCACUACAAUUGGUAUUAGGCCUCAUGAGCCGCCACCACCACCGCCUCCAGAAAACGACACGAAACCAAAACGUCAAAGCAAUACUUCUUGGUAUGCCGAAUGUGGUGUGUUCAAAAAUGGCACUACCAAUCUGGUUCAUGAUGAUUCUCAAAUAUUAAAUAGUCAAAAUGGUAGUUCGGGCAGCAGUUUUGCUGCUGGUUCUACUUGGUAUGAGGAGGCAGGUUUGUACCAAACAAGUGGCAUAUCUGUGGCCAGCAGCAGUGGCAGUUCGGGUGUUUCAACCAGCAAUGAAGCUGGACCAGCGGAUGAAAUGUCUCAUAGUAUGUUUAGCAAUGAGCCUUUGUAUCAGAUCUAUAGUGCUGCCAAACUAGAAGCCAUUUCACGAGAUAUGCAAGAUGAGAGUUCCACAGAUGGCUAUGAGGAAAUCGGAGAACGUCUUAAGAAUGGCAAUGCUAAGGAAGGAUGUCGCAAGUCUUCAAGACCAUCAGCUUUGCAGUUAGUAGAACCGAAAGGUGGUCCGGAACGAACAUUAUGGAGUCAAAUACCGGAAGUUAUUAACUCGUAUAUAAUACCCACAAUGACCCCACGAGAACGAGCUUUAAUGGAGGCCAAAUUUGAAGUUAUUACUUCGGAAGCCAGUUACCUUAAAUCAUUAAACCUCUUGCGUGCUCAUUACAUGAAUCAUCCCGUAUUCCGGGAUCAAAACGUUGUCAGCUCGCGAGAUCGCAAAUCUUUGUUCGCUCACAUAGUGCCGGUACAUGAAUGCUCAGAGAAGCUCCUCACAGAAUUGGAGUCCUGCUGGCAGGACAAUAUAAUGUUAAUAGGUUUAAGUAAACGCAUCUAUGCGAUAGCCGAAAAGCAUUUUCACGUCUAUGUGGGAUUCUGCGAGCAUCAAGGACGCAUGGAUCGUACACUGAAACAUUUGCGUGAAGGCAAAGGUCUAUUUGCACAAAAUUUGGAAUUACUCGAGUCAAGUCCGGCCUGCUGUGGCCUGAAUUUGCAUUCAUUCUUAAUGUUACCUAUGCAGAGAAUAACAAGACUGCCACUGUUAAUAGAUGCCGUUUUUAGUAAAUGUCAUCCAAACGAUGACGAAUAUGAGAAUUGGAAAAUGUGUUUGGCCAUAAUGAAUAAAAUUGUAACACAGUGUAAUGAGGCGGCUAACAAGAGUGAACAGGCGUUUGAGAUUGAAAGGAUCUCAAGGCAACUGGAAUUUAAUCCAUCCGUGAUACGGCCAUUGGCAAUAGCUCCAGCUGGUGUUUUAGCUCCCGGCACUAAGCCACGUUAUUUAGUUAAAAAGGGAGAGCUAACACAUCUCAUAUGGCGUGGAGACGAUGCCAAGUUGACAUUUGGCAAGAAGUUUUCAAAGACCACAAUAUUUGCCUUUCUCUUUUCGGAUUUGUUGGUAUUGACAAAACGUAAAGCAGAAGAACAGUUUUCGGUAUUUGACUAUUGUCCGCGUAAUAUGUUGACAAUAACUUCGGGAGACUCACUGCCACAAUUGCCAACCAAAGAUUUGAAUAGUCAAACUAGUAAGAACUUAAUUUUAAUGACUUUGCUAGAGAAUCAUGAACGUAAAACAGUGGAGUUGCUGUUGUCCUGUCCCUCAGUGUCGGAGCAAGAAAGAUGGCUACAAGCUAUGCGUCCGCCAGAAUCAGAAACUCCUGGUGAGAAGUUAUACGAGCAAUGGGAUUGUCCUCAGGUCAUAGCUAAACAUGCCUAUGAAAAUAAUGAACCAGAUGUCUUAAAUUUAGAUGAAGGAGAUGUAGUGAAUGUCACACGUAAAUUGCCAGAUGGUUGGUAUAAAGGUGAACGAAUACGUGAUGGUGCCGUCGGUUGGUUCCCUGGCAGUUAUACUGAGGAAGUUAAUUCCGUUCAUGUACGCGCACGUAAUCUGAAGCAAAGACACCGUUUACUCACAUUCACCGCCACCUAUCUUGAAUCACAAAAACGCAAUAAAUGAUCAAAAAGUAUAUUAUCCCUAAGGAUAAAAUGUAGUAUGUAGUUUAUAAAGUUAGCAAUUAAGAUUCGUAUAGCAAACUAUUUUGUGUCUUUUUAGUAAACUUAGUCCAAAAUCAAUAUUUAUAUUUAUAUGUAGAGUUUAUUUGUAUGUAUGUUAUGUUUUUUUUUUUUAAUUAAAAUUAGUUUUUGCAAUAUAUGUAUUUUUUAUUAUGUAUAAAUUAUUUAGGAAAAUGUGAUAUGAAAUUAUUAUAAAUUUUAAUGUAAAAUUUCUAUAAAAAAAUGUGUAUUUAAAAUUACAACAUUAAAUAUCUCUAGGAGUUGUCAAUUAUGGUUUAAAAGUGUAUUAAACAAAAAUAAUCAUUGAAUAAUCAAAACCAUUAUGUAAAUUUAACACAUUAAUGUUAUGUAAUAAAUAAUAAAUAUUAAGUACUACUCUAAAAUACGAAAAUAAAUAAAGAAUUUAAACAUUAUAA